ACGCGCCAUAAUCGCAUUCACUACCUGCAAUUUUUUUCUCCGUUCGUCGUAUUGAUGAACACAGACAGUUUAUAAGAAAACGAUCGAGAUUUCACUGGAACUUUAUUGAACAUUAGUCGAUGUGACUUACAUCUUUCGGUCACUGAUCUAUUACGUCGAAUUUUAAUUCUUUAUAUUACAUUAUUUUCGAUUUCAAUACAGUUUCACUUGGAGUAAAUUUGUGAACGACAUUUUUUGUUAGUUUGUUUGCAUUAUUUAGUUGAACUAUUUCUUAUGUCAACCAAAGUGAAAAUGGACAAAGUUCCGAAUAACACCACCGACACCAGUACAUCGAAGGUGACCGACACCGAUGACGCUGAUAAAAAGAAGAUCAAAAUCGAAGAACCGUCGGAUGACAUUACCACGCAAUCAAAUCAACAAACAACCGUGCAUGAAUCACCACAAAAUCAACAUUCAAAUCAACCGCAAGCAUUAAUUACCACGGAAAAUGCACACAACGCCACACUAUCCAGUACGGAUACGGUAGCAUCGACAUCAUUACCAACCACGGUCAUUACAACGCAACGCCAUCGCAUGAUUACAACCACCGGACAGAUUCGCGAAAUUGAUGACAUCAAUGAAAUUGAGCCACAGAAAGAGUAUGUGCAACGGUAUCAAUUGGUUCCAGUGACUGAACCAUCAUACAAUCAACAAAUCUACGAACAGCACGGAGCUCGAGGAAGAACGAUCAGCGAUAGUCCAGAAUCGGCCAAUAUUGCAAUACCAAAUAAUGGUACCAUUUAUGUGGCGUCACAGCAUCCAAAUGCUUCAGACAAUUUGAAUGGCAUUCGAUAUGCGACCGGACCUGAUUUACGCUUCGAAGAUGAAUAUGGCCAACGAUAUGAAUAUGGUCAACCGCCGCAUGCUCAUAAUUCACACUCGGCCGCUGGUGAGGACAUCAAAAUCGAAUUAAUUCGAAACCAACAUGCGCUUCAUGGAAAGAUUCAUGUCGAAGAUGCACAUCAACCACCACCACCACAAUCCGAUACCAAAAUUCAGUAUACGAAUUUAGAUGUGUCACCGCAAAACUACUACAGCAUUGCCGAUGGUUAUCCAAGCGGAAGUGGUUUUACUUAUAUUUCAACGACAUCGAAUAAAGAUUACAUUUAUCCAGGCAGUCCGAAUACAGUGCUCUAUAAAGGCGAUCCAUCGCUUGCAUCAGCGUUCAAUAGUCGCUACAAUGGAGCGUUGUCACAACAUCAAGGUAUUAUUUACGAUUCAAAUUCGAUUCAACAAUCCGGAUCGCCCGUAUCACAAGUGUAUACUGGUUCAUGCAAACCAGAAUCAGGCUACUGGCACCAAACUGCUGAAUACAAUGUGAACGCACGUCCAUCAUUUCAGGCUCCAUUUGGUCAAACAAUUGUUUUAGAUAAUGGAAAUGAUUAUGUUGCAAAUGGUGCAUCGUGGCAAUUACAAUCGGAUGGUGCAUUUGAUCAGCCAUUGAUUGCAUCGGGAGCACCAGAGUGUAUUAAUUGUUCAACAUCACAAUCAAUUCAUUGGAGACGUGUCGAUGGUCAUCCGUUGUGUCAUCAAUGCCAUUAUAUUCGUCAAUCCAGACCGAAAAUGGCAAAAAAUAAGGCACCAGUCACACAGGCCAACAGAAGGUCAGGUGUUAUUUGUGCAAAUUGUAAAACAUCAACCACGACUCUAUGGAGACGAAAUAAUCAUGGUGAGCCUGUAUGCAAUGCAUGCGGAUUGUAUUACAAAUUGCAUAACGUCAAUCGACCGCAAAGCAUGAAAAAAGAUGGCAUUCAAACGAGAAAACGCAAACCAAAAUAUUCAUUGCAAGCAAAACAAAAAUCGUCACCGAUUAACGACAAAAUGCUACCGGCAUUGUUUCCGUCUCAAAUUCACAUUCAGCCCGACAUGAAAAUUCCAAUUUUGCAAGCACAUCAACCAUCACAAAAUCAAUUAUUGGCUCACACCCAAAAUCAAUCACCACAGUCACAACAUCCGCAUGAGGUGCACAUUAAUGGGCCAACAGCACAAGGUCCAGAGCAUUAUAUCAGCGUCGCACCAACACACCCAACACAUUUGCCGCACGUGAGCAAUUUGAGUCGCCACAUUAAUGCCAGUGUCGCAUCGAUAGACGCUGGACAACAUGCCACAAAUACAAAACUAACAAGCGUCAUUACUUGCACCGGUGCACCUCCCGAUUCGAUCGAACAAUAAAACAUCGAUUUUUCAAACGAAGUACGACGCACGAAUCAAACCGACUAUAAAACGACAUCGUAAAUACUUAAUUUAGUUCGAUUUGUUUGUGUUUUUGAAGUGCCAGGUUUUUUUUACUACCAAAAACUAAUUUUAAAAGCAUCUUUUAGCUUAUUAUAUUGAACAGUUUGAUGAAUAUUUUAUUUUACGUGAAUAGUUUUCCGCAUGAUGAUUUGUAUCGAAUAGGUUUUUAGCUUGAAAUUGAACAAUAAAUAAGGACUUAAUCAUAAGAUAUUAAAAUGUCGUAAAACUUUUAAUUCAUCAUAAAAAUGCGGUGAAAAUAUUUUUUGAUAAAUUUACGUAGACUCUAGCCAUUGAAACAAAUUGAUUGUGUCAAUGAUUUUUAGCGCAUCUAUUGGAACUGGUUUUUAAUGAUUUUUUUAAAGAUGAAAUUCAAGUCAAUUUUUAUUCCAAACAUUGACAUUAAAAUGAAACACGGAAAAAAUGGAAGCCAUAAAUGCAGGAGCAAACUUGAUAUGUUUCUGGAAAUAAGAGAGAGAAACCUCGCAAAUGUAAUAAAAAAUAGUUUUUUCUUUGUUUUUUUUUUUAUUAAAUUAGAAAUUUUUAUUGUUAUAAAAUUAGUAACCAAAGUUAAGGUUAAAGAAAUAAAAUAUUUUCAAAGACAUCGAA